UAAGCUGACAAAUUGUACCUACAAGAUUGCAAAAUAAACGACGCCAAACGAUAAACAUAAACAUCAACAAAAAACAUUGGAUUCGACGAAAGCGCGCGAAUUGUCCACUCGACUUGUGUUGUUUUCAUUAAUGCGCAUUUAAAUGGAGAUGGAGAAAAAAGCCAAAGACCAAUUGCGUCGCUACAAAAAAUCACGACACACACACUCCAGCAGCGAAAGCUCCAGCACGGACACGGACAGCGGCAGCAGUUCCUACAGCAGCUCAGACAGCGAGCGCGACCAUCAUGGCCAUGCCCAUCCGCAUCAGCGUGCUGCCGAGCGCCAUCAUCGGAAGAAGAAGAGCUCGCGGCGUGCGGGCAGCACGUCGUCGGGCGACGAGCGACGCAAGCGCGAUAAGCGUGAUCGGGAGCGAGAUCGUGAUCGGGACAGAGAUCAUGUCCAAAAGAAACUGGUGGCCAAGCGCAAUCACAUCAAGCGUAAGCUCAAGGAGGCGCGUCUCAAAAAGCGAGCCGCCGCCGCACUCAGUGGCCACGGCCAUCGCGCUCUGUCGCCGGCCACACAGGCCAAACUAAAGAAGUUGGCGGAGCGCAAGCAUUUACGCGCUGCCAGCAAAGAGCAGCGCGAGAAACUGCGCGGUGUGCAUCGCGAUCGGGAGCGAGAACGGGAGCGGGAUCAUCAUCGCUUGGGCAGCAGUCGGUCGCCGACAGGCGUCUCCAGCACCACGACCACCACCAAAAUACGCAUACAUCAGGAUGUGGUGGGCAAGCGGCAGAAGAGUCCGUGCCCCGGCUCGGGCUUAGGUCCAAACGGAACGCCCGCAGCCCGUAUGCAUCAUCACCUAAUGUCGCGCGAGAAGAUCAUAAUACAAACGCGUGCUCGGGGACGCACACCGUCACUGGAACGUGAACGGGAGAGGGAGCGAGAACGCGAGCGCAUCGAACGUGAAAGGGAGCGGGAGCGCGAGCGCGAGCGUGUGGAACGGGAGCACGACCGGCAGCGGCACGAACACAAGCUGCAGCGGCAUGAUGACCUAUCACUGCGCGAACGUGAACGGGAUCGCCGCGAUCGUGAACGGGAACGUGCCGAACGUGAGGCGGCCCGUGACAAGGAGCGGGCCGAGGCAUUGGCACGUUGCCAGGAGCGGCAGCGGGAGCGUGAGCGUUUGGCACGCGAAAAGAUGCGUCGCCAGGAGGAGGAGGAGGGCAAAAAACCAUACGGCGGUGCUGGCGUACGGGAUCUGGACAUGCCCAUGCCAUACGGCAGCCGCGAACGUUCGCUGGAAGCAGUGGAGCGCACAGGUCGACAUGUGCGCGACAAGCGCGAUCUGGAUGUGUAUGAGCGUGAGCAGGAAUUUAUCGAGGCCGAACGACACGGCCUGAUCGACGAGAUGCGCCGCUACGGCGGUCAAAGACGUCGCGAGCUCAGCCCCCUGCCCGAGCACUAUCCGCCGCGCUUGCGAGAUCCACGCGAUCUCUACUCAGAGGAGGAACGAGAGCGGGCCUACAAGCGUGCGUAUAUGGAUGCACGCUACUCUAGGGAGCGUGAGGCGUGGCUGGAGGCGCGCGAUCUGCGCGAUUAUCGUGAAUUGGGCGCGGAUGAUGCGCUCUAUUCAGAGGAGCGAGAGCGCAUUUUGCGUGAACGCGAGCGGGAGAGAGAGCGAGAACGCGAGCGUUUGCCGUCACGCGGUGAUUAUCGCGCCGAGUGGGAACGCGACUGGGACGAUGAUGUAGGCGGCGGUGGCAAUGGCGGUGCAAAUGGCAACGUCACGCCUGGACGCGCCAGCGGCUUUGUGGGUGGCCCCAAGCGGCAGAAGCCGCCAACACAACAAACAUCACAGCAGCAGCAUCAUUCCGCCUCGGAGCCCGAUUGGGAUGCAGACGAGCGAGAGGAGUGCGGCGAUAAUGGUGUGGUUAAGAAUGAGCCCGCCUGGCUGGAGCAUGAUCAGCGCGAAAAGCCGCGCUCCUGGCAGCAGUCGAACAGCGACUGGCGGGACAGCGACGAGCCGAACUUUGGGCGAAACAAUGGAGCCGGCGUUGAUGUGCAACCGCCGCAUCAUCCACCCUCACCCUCGCCGCAUCAUCAUGUGCAUCCACGUGGCGAGCGAGGCGGAGGACGCGGCUUCCGUCGUGGUGGUGGCGGCGGCGGUGGCCCGGCGCAUGGCCAUGACCAUGGCGAACGUGGCUACAGGUCGCACCCACCGCCGCUAAUGACUCUGCCAGUGCAGCCACCAGGUGGCUAUCAUGGUGGCGGUGGCAGCGGGCGUGGCUUUCCGCACAAGCGUAUGCCCUAUGGAGGCGGUGUUGGCGGUGGCGCCUUUCUCAAGAAGCAUCCACAUAUGCCACCAGCGGCAGCGACUACAGCGGCGUCUGCUACCCAGGUGCUGCCGCACGCCCAGCCCAAGCCGGGCAAUGCCGCGGCACAGGCCAGUGCUGUAGCAGCAGCCACCACGGCUGUGGCGGCAGCCAAGGCUGCAGCACAGAGCGCUGCCAAUGCUACCACCAAUCCGGGCAUAUUGGCGCAAGUUAGCAAGCUGCCAAACAUCAAGCAGGAAGAUGCAUCCGAGGACUCGGCGGGCACAUCGGAGCUUGGCCAGAACACCGGAGCUGGUGAGCCAGCAUCGGAGCUAUCCACAGAUACGUCCCUGCGCCAGCUUAAAGAGGAGCCAAAGCCAAACGGCGAGCUAAGCGAAAUCAGUGACAGCGACGAUGAUAUACUCAACAAAACGGAUAAAGUGAAGCCCAAAUGCGAGCUGCAACUGGAUAGCGCACUAGCUGGCACCCAAGAGCUCUCCACCGACACGUUGUCCACCAGCGAAGAGCUUAUCAAGGGCGAAACACAGCCUGAGUCGCAGACACAGGCACAGACAAACAUUAAAAGCGAGGAGGUGGACGAGGUGCUGGACUUUGAAGAGAUAUCAGACGGCGAAUUGGAGGAGGAUGCUAGGCACAAGGGCAUUGGUGAUGCUUUGGGCGUCGACUGGCAGGGUUUAAUUGCGGAGACGCGACAGCAGGCGACAGAGCAUGCAGCACAGCAGGGCGCCGAUCGGAACACCUCCGCCAAACAGCGCUGGCAGCCACAUCGUGUGCUCCUGGACAUGGGCAUCAGUUUUGGCAUGGCCGGCCCACAAUAUGCCCGUCGCAUUAUUGAGGAUGCGCGUCAGCAGCUGCUACAGGAAGAGCAACAAGCGCAGCAGCACCAGAUGCUGGUAAAAACGGAAGCCAAUGGCGAUUUAACUGAGCCUAGCAAGACGCCACCAGCACACGACUAUCGCGAGCUGCUGGAUACCGAGCAUGUGGAGCCGCUGGCCUGUGUCCAGAUGGGCUUGCGCAGCGCAGCUGCCGAGCGACAGCGCUUGGUUGGUAAUGUCUGCGGACCGGGCAGUCGUGCAUUAAGCGCACGCCAAGAUUUACGUUUGCGCCGUCAGCUGUGCGGCCUGCCCGCCCGUGAAUGCGACUUUCCACGCAAUGUGCCCAUUGUCAGCGAGGGACUGCGCUCAUUGGCCAUGCACAUGUUCCAGCGCACCCUCGAUGUCAAAUGAGAUCCGAUCGCUCGGCGUCGGCUCGAGCAGUUUAGCUAUAGACUAGAUAUACAAAUCUAUAUGCAAUGUCUAAAUAACGUCCCGAUCGGCGAUGACAUUGAAGAUAAUAAUGAUGAUUAAGAUUCCGUUUUGAAGAUCAUGCCUAAUAUGGUAAUGCGAGCAAGGUCACUUGUGCUUUACCCUAAAUACCUUAAUACUGUCCGAGAUUCCAAUAAUUGUAGCUAUCAAAUCAAACAAUAUUAAUGUAUAUUAGUGGAUCACUUGAAUUAAAAGUAAAUAUUGUUCCAAUUGUGCUA